AUCAUCCAGCAGGCUCGAACAGUUUCGGUUUUAAAGGGGCUGGUCUAUAUUCCUUAUUACAUGUACCUCUUGUACUCAGGCGUGCCUUACCGCCAGAAUACAGUGGCAAAAGAGAUUUUGAACCAGGGAUACGAUUCGGAUCCUUGGAACAGACAUCUAAGUUGUCUUGUCUUUAUGCAUGCUCAGUAAUCCAGGUAAGAAAAGACACCUAAAUUGGACGACAACAAGGGGGAUCGAACACGACUUGAAACACAGUGCAAAACUGGGUGGGUCACGUGCAGAGCUAUACUUUGGACUUUUGCGCUUGAUUUUGCAAAAAACAAAAACAAAAUAAUAAAAAAUAAAGUAGACGACAUUCUCAACCCAUGUGCACGACACACACAAAAAAACACAAGUCUCCUACUUGGGACUUUUGCACUUGAACUCGGAUACAUUUCGCCUUGUGUGAAAUAAACCCCGAGUUGCAGGAAAUAGGCUGCGCUCUCCUUCCCCGUUUUAACAGGGAAGUACUCUGCUUUCUGCGACUUGUGGGCUUUCACUCGCCUUGCCUCCAUGUAGAUUUGUCGAACUUGUUUUCCUGCUAUAUUCUAACGACAACCGGGGAGAGAGAGAGGGGGGGGGGAGUCGUCUUGCCGGUGGUGUUACCAAACUCAAAAGGAUAAAGACAAUGGACAUUUUUAUCAACGUUUUAAAACGUGGGGAGUACCUGUGAAGUUGGGGCGAAGAAAAGGACCGAAGAGUAAAACAACUUUUGAGAUGUGUUGAGAGCAGAGGCGACUGUUAUCGAACUCGUUCGGCAGAGGCUCUGCUCAACAAUGGCUCAGUGGGCGCAGAUGAACCAGCUAUUCAGAUACCUGCCAACGCAGACAGUCACGGAUCUUUAUCCCCCAACUACCUUCCCCAUAGAAGUCAGAUAUUUCCUGGCUGAAUGGAUUGAGGAACAAAGAUGGGAAGAUUUUGAGCUGGAGAAGUUGGAGCAAGAGGUUCAGGCCAAGGAUCUUCUGGAGAAGAUCAUCUCCAUUCUACAGUCGUUGGCUCAUCAGAAACCCAACGUGGUGGAGAAGAUGAGGCUAAUGCACAUCAGCAGGAACAUGACCAUGUUCCAGCAGCAGCCUCUGCAGUUUGGAGUGUUAGUCAGAGAUAUCCUCAGGAAGGAGAGGGUCCUGCUCAGCAAAGCUUCCCCCCAACUAGUUAACGUCCCUCAGUUCCCGCAAUCCCCAAGCAGUGAGCCUGUCUCUGCUCCCAACAUGCGUGAUGUGGAUCACUUGGUGCUCAAGGUGCUGGAGGUUCAGGACUGCAGGCAGAAGAUGCACCAGUUUCAAGAGGACCUCAAUUUGGAGAGACAGAACUUUGAGUUCUCACAAGGCUCCAUCCAACAGAAUGGAUUGGAUCAGCAAAACACAGAACUGCAGAAACACCAGAACAAAAUACAACAGCUUGAGUACAGUGUGAAAACCAUGGCCAAGAAUCGUUUCCAGUUGCUGCAGGGGGCUGUGGACUGUCUGGACCAAUGUCAGUCCCACCUCAUCAGCAGACUGAAGGCAUGGAGGUGGGAGCAACACCAGUCUACCAUCGGACAUGCCUUUGAAGACAACCUUGGUCCUCUGCAGACUUGGUGUGAGCAACUGAUUGGUGUGAAUGGGAAGCUGAGGCAGGAAGUGAUGCUGGUGGGGGAACCAAUCCCAGAGCUCCAUGAAAGACUGGGGCAGCUAUUACAGGCUCUUAUUCAAAGUUCUCUGAUGGUGGACAAGCAGCCCCCUCAGGUCAUUAAGACCCAGUCUAAGUUCUCCACUACGGUGCGCUAUCUUCUCGGGGAGAAAGUAGCUCCUGGGAAGCCUGUGGUGGUAAAGGCACAGAUCAUCACUGAGAACCAGGCAAAGAGCCUGGGCCAACUUGGCAGUAUGCCCAGUGAGAACGUGGGGGAACUGAUCAACAACACAGCCAUCUUAGAGCACAAUACAACCAGCAAGAGUACAUGUGCCACCUUCAGGAAUAUGUCCAUCAAGAAGAUUAAGAGAGCAGACCGGAAGGGAUCAGAGUCUGUAACAGAGGAGAAAUUUGCUCUGCUCUUCUCGUCGGAAAUCACCAUUACCGGCUGUGACACUCCAUACAGAAUACAGAUGAUUUCACUGCCCGUGGUUGUCAUCGUCCAUGGCAGUCAAGACAGCAAUGCCCUGGCCACCAUCAUAUGGGACUGUGCUUUUUCUGAACCAGACAGGAUACCGUUCAUUGUGCCAGAGCGCGUGCCCUGGAAACUGAUGUGUAUGACCCUCAACUGUAAGUUUAUGGCUGAGGUUCAGACACAGCACUGCCUAGACCAAUACAACCAGCACUUCCUUGCCCAGAAGAUCUUUGACAAGCCCGAUAUCUCGGAAGACUUCAGUAACAUGAUGGUGACCUGGGCCCAGUUUAAUAAGGAGGUGCUCCCAGGUCGACCAUUUACAUUCUGGCAGUGGUUUGAAGGAGUGAUGGAGCUGACUAAGAAACACCUGAAGACCUACUGGAGUGAUGGGUUGAUAUUUGGCUUCAUUGGCAAACAGCACCUCCACCUGAUCCUUAAAGAAAGGCCCAACGGGACCUUCUUACUGCGGUUCAGUGACUCUGAGAUUGGAGGAAUCACCAUUGCUUAUGUGGCAGCCUCUGAGAAUGGAGGACAGAAAAUCCAGAACAUUCAGCCAUUCACCAAGAGAGACCUUGAGAUCCGUUGCCUUGGCGACCGUAUCCGAGACAUCGAGCACAUCACAUCUCUGUACCCUGAUUAUCUUAAACACGAUGUUUUCAGAAAGUACUACACAGAUGACUCCUUACCCUCACCUAACCGUGGCUACAUUGGUGUGACACUCCAGACUAAAGUGGGAGUGGAAGCUGGCUCAGCUUCACUCAAUGUGUCCAGUAUGACUCCUCGCAGCGAGACUCCUCAGGAUCACAAUCCCAGUGUCUACCCCCAGCAGCAGUUCCAGCAGCCUUUCACACCAGGGCCUGUAUCAGUUGAGUUCAACAACACCAGCCCACUCUUCACUGGAGACGUGGGCCAACCUCAGAACAUGGACAUGGAGAUCGAAGAUAUUUUGAAGUCAUUAGAGGAUUAGGGGGAAUGCUGAUUGAUAAGAGUAUAUGUUGAACAUUAGUUAUCGACACGAGCUGAGACAAAUUCUCCCGUCUUAACUCCCUUUGAUAAAAUGGGACAUUUUCACAUCAUGGUAGCACCGCGGCAUCACAAUAAAACUCAAGUGGAGACACAUUUCAGUACUUCAGGACUCAGGACAUUGAACUGAUAUGACAAAAUACGAGGAAACUUCCUGAGGAUCACAUACAUCAUGAGACUGAGAACAGACCAUCAUGUAACUGACCACAUCAUUGGUAUUCCUUGGCAACCUAUGCCGUAUCCUGCACAGCUCUUUAAGCUAUUUAAACUUUAUGUUUUUCCACAGUGUGUCCACCUGAUGUUGAGUUUGAUUUGAGUUUGCAGGUUUGACUUUUUAUACUACAUUAUUGGCAUUUCUGCAGGAUGUGGGUGAUUUGCUCUACUAAUUAUAGUGCUUAUCAGCAACUCAAGACAUGUUAUUAGAAACUGUGCGGCCCCUGGUACCUGUAACACUCAUGGAUGUAUAAUGGUGGCAUGGCAUCGCCAGCUGUUGGGCAUCAGCAGAUGUUUCGAGGGGGAAGAGGUUUCGAGAUAACUGAACACGCACAGAUGUAACCCGAGUAUCAGUUUUCCAUGGUGAUGAAGUGUGAACAUUUUCAGUUGACUUUUUUUUUUUUUCCUGGUGCAUAUAACUUGUCAUUUUGAAUGACAAACUGGUUUAACAAUGGCUAUCGCGUGAUAAACUUUAAAUCUGAACCAAUGCCAAAUAAUCAACAGCAUCUACGCAAAAUAAGUGAAACGGAUAUUAUUUUUUGUAAUGUGUGAAAAUUCCUAGUAUCACAGUUAACUUUAAAACCCUACCACGGUGAUGGACUUGUGCUAGUUAUGAUGGUGGCGGUGGUACAUAUUGGUGAUGUGUAAAUAUGUUUUGUGGAUGACACUUUGUGGGUGCUGUUAGUGAUGUGUAAGUAUGUUGUUAAAUCUCUUUAUCUCAAAAUGUGGGCGUGUUAUUUUAAACUUAUUUCCCCUUGGCUAAGAACUAACCCCUCUACUCGAGUAAAAUAUUUGUUAUUUUUGAUUUUGACUGAUUUUCUUCCUCUCAGUCAAGUUUUCCAUGUACAUGAAAACUGUUAAGUACUUUAAUAUUCCUGUUUCUGUUGAUAAUAGUAUCUGUUCUCAGUCUUAACUGUGAAAUAACAAUACAAGCAUCCAAAGUAUAGCCUCAGACGUUAAUAUCUAAAUGAGAUUUAAUUUUAUCUUGUUACUACUGUACAACUGUACAAUGACAGAGCUCUACAAAUCAACAAGUGAAUGUUUGAAAUUGCUUUAAGGUUUUAAAGAUGUUUAAAGAUUGAAAUAACCAUUGGGGCAUGUAUAAAACAUAUACAAAAGAUAGAAUGAUGGCAAAUGAGGAAGGAAGGAGUUUCAACAGCUGGAAUCAGAGAUCAAUAGAUUAGGAAUAGUAUAAUGUUAGAGUCAAUUACAACAAUCCUUGCUCUGUCACAGUUCAGAAUUCAUCCACUGAACAUUGCAGCCCAAUUAAGAUUUGCUCCAAGGAGAUUUGGUUGAUAUACAUGUUAUGCAAAUGUGUAUCAACAUCAACCCUCCCCAUAAGGCAAAUGAUUUCUGACAAAUUGAUCUGCCACGAGUAUUGAUAUAGUUCAUUUCACAGAGGGUAAUAGGCUGUUGUAUGUAACAGUAUUUACAUGUCUGUUUGCAGAACGUUUUGCAUUCUUCGUAUUGUAUGCGGAUCGUUGUUUAGAUCAAUUAUUCCUGAGCUUCAGCUGCUGUGUAUUACAUCUUUUACUUAUGCUACAAAAUAAAAUUUCUAUUUUUUUUCUCAAAAUAU